UAAUACUAUAUAUUAUCUUGAAGAAUAAAAGCAAACGCGUAGCGUGGAAACUACGGCUCGAUUAGCAGCGUCUCAGGCGUUUCCUCUGCUUCGACGAAGGCAGAACUAUAUAUGUUCAGACGACUCUUUGUCAUCUUUCUUAGCGUUAUCCCACUCUGAGAAUUUCGAAAUCAAAUCAGUUCUCGUUGUUAAAGACCGUCGCAGAGUCGAAUUAGCGGGAAUCAGAAAGAAAGAAUCAAAAACCCUUAAGCUUGUGUUUAGGAACCGUUUAUUCUGAAAUUGAAGUGUGAAGAAAUGGGAAAUGAUCAACAUAACCACAGUGACAGAGGAUUCUUCCACAACUUAGCAGGGUUUGCAGGCGGCCAAUACCCGCCUCACGGUCAUGGUUACGGUCAUCAUGGUCACGGUUAUGGAUCUUCUUAUCCAUACCCGCCUCCUCCUCCUCCUCAUGGCUAUCCACCAGUUGCUUAUCCUCCACAUGGUGGUUACCCUCCUGCUGGUUAUCCUCCCGCUGGUUAUCCUCCAGCCGGUUAUCCUGCUCACGGUUAUCCAUCUCACGGUUAUCCCCGUCCAUCUCACUCAGGACAUCACCAUGGAGGCAUAGGAGCGAUUAUAGCGGGUGGAGUGGCUGCAGCAGCUGGUGCUCACCAUAUGUCUCACCACCAUGGACACUAUGGUCACCACCAUGGUCAUGGCUAUGGCUACGGGUAUCACGGUCACGGGAAGUUCAAACACGGUAAGUUCAAGCACGGAAAAUUCGGUAAACACGGCAUGUUUGGGAAGCAUAAAGGGAAAUUCUUCAAGAAAUGGAAGUGAUUGUUUUCCAAAAGAUUAAUCCAAUUCAAAGACCAUACAUUAUCAUUACAUAAAAAUAAAAAAAUUAAAGUCUUUGUAAUUGCAUUAUGGUUCCAAGCCUAGAGAUUAGAAAGUUGUGAUCUUUCUUUUCUGUAUUUGGUUGUAUCAAGCUUGUUAUAAAGUUUGCUCCUUUUGGUAGUUGGAAACUGAGAUCCACUUGUUUGAAAACGAUCACUCUUUAAUAUUGUUGUUGAUGUGGAAUCUUCAAUAAACUUCUUUCCACUUUUUUUGGAGUUGAAGUUAUUAAGAUAAUUGGUUUUGUUGAUACUUAUCCAUUUUUGUC